ACCUUCACUUCACAUCACACGACGACGACGAGACUUAUGAUGAUUUAUGAGAAAUCCUAGAAGAAAAUUUGGGCGGGCGGUCAACUGGUGGUCAACCAGACCAUUUUGCAUGGAUGGCUUGGUGUUCUUUAUAAGCUGGGAUCCUUAACCUGUUUUAUCACUAAACACUUGUCAAUAGUUAUAUUAAUUCAAGAUGGUGGAUUCUAUGAAGUCAGAUGCUCUUAGUAAGUUAGAGAGCAUGUUUCCGCAGAGCGAUAGUGAAACCUUGAAAUCAUUAAUUAAUGUCACCAUGAAGUCUACUGCCCUUUUGGACCUCGAGCAGUUAGUGGUGCGAUGCGUAAACACUCUUCUCUUUACGAAUGAUGAUGCUUUCCCCGGAGAUACCGUCCCUGAACAGGUCGUCAUCGAAGACAGCGACUUGCCAGAUUGUUCUGAUGUAAUUGUGAUUAACGACAAUGAUGAGCAAGAUACAAAGUUACCCAUAAAAAAUGAAGGUUUAAAAGAAAGAGAAGCACAAAAUUCCAUGCAAUCCGGCAUUAAUUUACCAUCAACGGAUAUUCAGGAUCUGUGGAAUGACGUGGAACAUAUCAUUGGGAAAACGGAAACGAAAAAGGACCAAAGUUUCAUGGAAUCAAAUUCAAAAUUAAAAGAAUGGGAUUUUUCGUAUGACGUGGAGACUAUCUUUGGUAAGACGGGUACCUCGAAGGAGAUAACAACUGAAUCUGUAGCGACAUCAGACAGCAACAACAGUGGCACCGAUUGUACCCCUCCGAGAAAGAGAGUAAAACGUCCAGAUGCAGAUGACAUCAAUGAGCAUAUGCCAAACAAUGUUGCGCAAUCAAAUGACUUUCAAUUUGGAAAACAGAAUGAACCUCAAGGACAGAGUUCACAGUUCAACUCAAAACCUCAAUUAAUAUCAGGUCAAUAUGAGGUUACCUCACCCUUUGGUACCAGGUUUGCACCAGGCUCAGUUUCUCUGGUCAAUCAAGUCAAUAAUAAUAGAGCAAAUGACUUAAGACAUGGAACGAAAGGCAGUGGUGAGUUCAUACCCCAUAGUUCAAGCCUUCAGUCUGUAAUGCACGUCCCGUAUAAAGGUCUUCCCGACAGGAAAUCGUCAUCUACUGCCUCUUGUACCGUCUCCAGGCAUCCUGACAGCAAUAGCAGUUUUACCGGAGCAAGCGGGUAUACCGGAGCUAGCGCACACUCCUUUAUUUUGAAUGAGUCAAAAUCUUCCAUCAGUGACUCGUCAAAACAAACAAAAAAUUCACCAUUAAAUGCUGCGUCACAUCACAGAUUUGAUUGGCAGAAGGCAGAUCACGGUAAUGUACCACAAGCAUCGUCUGGACAUACAACGAUGAUUGGAGCAUCCAAUCAAAGCGAAAAUUCUUCUUUUAAGAAAUUCGACAGAAAUUCACAUGUAAUGCAAAGUCAGUUCGAUGGAGCAAAUUCUAUGAACUUAAAAUAUCCAGGUGGCCUUAAUCCUUUCGGUAACCAGGGGCACAGUACUAACGAUGACCAGCCUUAUGACAUGGUGGAUGGUGAAAUUCCAAUGCAUACCAAUGUAAAGAUGGACAAUGGUAACAAUGAACAUAUCAGCAGUCAGGUGAAUCUAAACGGACAAUCGUAUGUAAUUAAUCAGGUGAAUAUUAAUGACCCGGUGAAUACUGCUAAUCACCAGGUGGAUCUCAGUGCCCAAGUUAGCACAGAUCACAUGACACCAAAGAUUAUUGAAAUCCCAGGGCACUCCCAUCUCAAUGCAUGUAGAGACCAACGGGCGGUCUAUGCUGACCAGGUACGAAAAAAUAUUCUACAGGCAAGGAUGAAUAACCAGAUGCAACCAAAUUACCAAGUGCAUACCAAUCAGAUGACACCAGAGAUCUGUAAUAACCAAAAGCGCUCCCGUCUAAAUGCAUAUAGAGACCAGCGGGAGGUCUAUACUGACCAGGUACAUACAGGAAACCUACAGGUAAUGAUGAAUAACCUGAUGCAACCAAAUCACCCAGUGCAUACCCAUCUCCAUCCAAAUGCAAAUCAACACAUGGCCAUUAAUAACCAGGUUCAUAACCAAGUUCACACCAACCACCCAGCAAAUACCAAUCAACCGGUGGCCAUUAAUAACCAGGUGCACCCUAAUCACCAGGUGGCCGUUAAUGAACAGGUGCAUGCCAAUCUCCAGGAAAAUGCCAAUCAACCGGUGGCCAUUAAUGACGACCUUAUGGCAGUUGCUGUUGAACUACCAGGAGAAAUGACUAUUGAUAUACAAAUGGUUGAAGUGAUGAACCUAAUUCCUGACAUCCAGUUGGAAUUCUUGCGAAAUAAAUUAAAAGAAUUUAAAGAAGUGAAUAACGAGCUUGCGGUCCAGAGGGCUGUUAAUUAUCUACUGGAAAAUCCAUAUCCUAAACAAAGCAAAGACGUACCAAAGAAAGCAAGGGAUCAAUCCGAAGAAACCGAUUAUUUCAAAGAUUUCAGUCGGAUGCCAUCUUUCGAUUAUCUCAGACAAGUGGUCUGUGUGAUGCAAGCUCGACAUUCUAAGUUGUCAACAAAAUUUCUGAGAGAUAUUCUUCAAAUCUACAACUACCACUUUGCGCCGGCUGAAAAAUCAAUACAAGAAAUAAUACGGGCGCACAAGACCCUUUCAGAGUGUUUAUCGUUAUACAGUAAAAUGACGUACGAGGGCGAAGUGAAGUUAACCGUAGGAAAGAGGGACACAAGCCUGCGAAUCAAGACACUAAAAUGCCGUCGUUCUUCUCAAAUGCCAAGAGAGAUCAGUAGGGAAUUACAAAAUGAGAUUGAUUUCUAUGAGAUGCACGUGAUGAAAGAAUUAGAGAAUAAAGAUAGAGAAUUUGCAAUCACAUUGAAUGGACAAGAAUAUGAACAGGAGGGUCAACUGAUCGAGUGCGGAUGCUGCUAUGGUGAGGUGCCAUUUGAAGAUAUGAUCCAGUGCUCUGACGGGCAUUUGUUCUGCUCCACUUGUAUGUGUAGCUAUGCCAAAGAAGCUAUAUACGGCUCCGGUAAACUCAAACUCUCCUGUAUGACUGACGGAUGUGAAGCUGGCUUUCCAAAAAGUCAGCUUGAUAAAUGCCUACCAAAAGAUAUGAUAGCCAAAUACGAAGACCGUCAGAAAGAAGAAUCCUUGAACCUUGCCGGUAUUGAUGAUCUUGUUAAGUGUCCAUCCUGUGAAUUUGCUGCCAUUAUGGACUCAGAAGACAAAGUAUUUAAGUGUCAGAAUCCAGAGUGCCUUAAGGAAUCUUGUCGCUACUGCAAGGAGAGUUGGAAGGACCAUUUUGGUUUGCCAUGCAGCGAAAUCGAGAGGAAAGACGAAACAUCUCUAAGGGUAACGUACGAAGAGAGAAUGACAAAUGCAAAGAUGAGGACUUGUUUUAGAUGCAAGACAGGUUACAUGAAAAGUGAUGGAUGCAAUAAGAUUACUUGUCGGUGCGGUGCUAAGAUGUGCUACAUCUGCCGUAAGCCAAACAUCGACUAUAAUCACUUCUGCCAACAUGUCCGAAACCCUGGUCAAGGGUGCACCACCUGCGAAGCCUGCUCCCUGUGGAGCGACUCCAAAGAGGAUGAUGAGAGAGCAGUUAAAGAAAUACAAAAACAACUACAGGAGGAAAGACAAGCAAAGGGAUUUGAUACGAGCAAGAGCGCUGGAGGUACCGUGCCAUCACGGGAGCCUGAACCAUCUGUGGCAAACCAACUCAUUUUUGGACUGAAUAUGCCCCGCCCGCAACCUGUAGUACAGCACCAUCCAUACAUCAACUAAUAUUUGAUACUUAAGAGUGUAUAUUAAAAGGGGAAGCUUCAAAUGGACAGUACAACACACAAUUUUAUUCAGGAAAUGUUUUGUGUAUUUUUAUUUUUUGAACCUAUGACUAGAUCAUAUGUGACCGGCUCUAGCAAAACCUGCUAUUUGUUGCAAUUUCUUAUUUUGCACAAGAACCCAAAACGUUUGAGAAUCAGAAUAUUCAAAAUUUUCAGAUUUCUGCGUUUUAUAAACGAUAUUUUUAUUUUUUAUUUUAUUUUAUUUCAU